UGUUUCUGUACGCCUCCAUACUUUUGUCGUUCUAGUUCGGUUUUGCUAUGUGGUUAGCGUGUAAUGUCCAAGAGUUUGGCGUCAGUUUUGUGUUAUAGUUUUCGGAGGAGUGGGUAAAGAUGGCGCUCGUUUUACUACAGGCUCUAGAGCGGACGGAGCUAAACAAGCUUCCUAAAGGCGUCCAAAACAAGCUCGAGAAGUUUGUAACGGAGCUGCAGAAUGCUAACGAGGCGCUUCAGACGCAGCACGAGCGGUUCAAAGCGGACAGCGAGCAGCAGUACUUUGACAUUGAGAAGAGGCUGGCGGAGAGUCAGGAACAGAUACUUUCUGCCACAAAAGACCUACAGGUUCUGAAAGAAGAAAAUAAAAAACUCAAUGAAGAACUGAGCACACUUAGGGUGGAAGAGAGUGAGGCCACUGAAGAAAAGCUGCCACAGCAGCAAACCAAGACAAAGUAUGAGAUUGAAGCGGAGAAGAGAGAGUUGGAUAGGCUGCUGGAGAAGAGAGCACAGGAAAUGGAGAACCUGACAGAGGACGUGAAGCGACUGAACGAGAAACUGACAGAAACCAACAAAAUUAAGAUGGAACUUCAGUUAAAAUUGGAUGACAUACAGUCCUCUGCAGCUUCUGUACAGCAUCGAGAGAAACUCAUGGAACAAGAGAAAGAGCUGCUGGAGAAGAAAAUUGAGUAUUUAACCACAGAGCUGAAGACAAAAACUGAUGAACUGUUGAACACCAACAGAGAGAAGGGCAAAGAGAUACUUGAACUGCAGGGCAGCCUGAAGAGCAGCAGUGAGCAGGUGGCCACACUGGAAAGUCAGCUCAGUUCUUUGAGGGAAAUCAGUGAAAACCAGAACAAAAGAGCUGAAGACCUCAAUAUCAAACUAAAACAGGCAAAAGAUGAUCAAUGUGCAAUGGAGGAGAAAUAUCGCAAUGAGCUCAAUGCUCAUGUCAAGUUGUCUUCACUUUAUAAGGGUGCAGCAACUGACACGGAGGCAAAGAACCAAGAGCUGAGCAGAGCAGUGGAGGAGCUGAGCAAGCUGGUUAAAGAAACAGGAGAAGUCAACAAGUGUUUAGAGAAGAAGGUGUCUGGAGCGGAAGAGCUUAAAGCACGGCUUGAAGCAGAACUUAAAGAGAAGAUCAAGAAACUGGAAAAGGAGCUAGAAAAUGCUACAAUGAAGGCUGCAGGCAAACACUGCUGUGUUCCCUCUCUGACAGAAGACCAGUUGGACUCCAUGUGUCCAUCAGCGGCUGCUAUCGCUGCGAUUGUCAAGCCAGGCAUGAAGUUCUUUGAUAUGUAUAAUGCAUACGCCGAGUGUCAGACACAACUGCAACUUGAGAAGCAGGAGACCAGGAGGGUAAGCAAAGUCCUGGAUGAGAUUGUUCAUGAGGUGGAGUCCAAAGCACCUGUUCUGAAGCGCCAAAGAGAGGAGUAUGAGAGCAUGCAGAGGUCCAUGGCAUCCUUGUGCAAUAAACUGGAACAAGCUCGAGCGGAGAUCUACAGUUUGCAGAAGGAGAAGGAUGAGGUCAAGCAGCGCUGUGACGUCAUAGAGAGGGACAAACUAAGAACUGAGAGACUGCUAGAUGAUACAUCUGAUCAGCUGUGCUCUGUUCUGGUUGAGCUGGAGACAGUCAGAGGUAAUCAGGUGCCCAAGGACAACGGCAACUCUGCCGACAUUUCCAGCACGUCUGAGGUGAGCUCAAGCCAGGUGUCGUUCCGCAGUGUGUCGGACCUCCAGAGGCAGAACCAAACUCUGUUAGGAAGGCUAAGGGAGCUGGAGGAGGAGAAGGACAGAGAGCAGACAUCUGUAACAUCAGCACGCAUAAAGGAGCUGGAGUCUCUUGUGGAUAAACUUCAGCAGGAGUGUGAGCAGCUGAAGGAGCAGAGAAAUCAGCAGAAGCAGCUGGCAGACUCCAACGCCAGGCAGAGAGACAUGUUCAAGGUGCUGCUGACUCAGAGCACAGGCUUCAGUCUUCCCCCUCAAGGUCCAGGCUCUGCUUCUCACCCUGCACCUGACCGUCCGUCGGCCCCAGCCACUCGCUCCACUCCUCAGAGAGCCACUGCUGCAGAGUCAGCUCAGACUGCUCAGACAAAAGCUGCUUUGAAACAGCUUAAUGAUGCCUUCACUCUGUAUAAGAAAGAGAAGGCAGAGAACGACAGAAUGCUGAACGAAACGAUCGACCGGCUGCAGAGGCAGCUGACCGAGCUGCGCUCCAGCCGUGCCAAGCUAUCCUCUCAGCUGGAGUUCAGCAAUAAGAGAUACGAGAUUCUUCAAGAGACUGUGUUGGCGUACCGCAGAGAGAUUUUGGCCCUGCAAGAGAGGAACCAAAAAAUGGCUGCAACAGCUCAGAGACAUGAGCACAUCAUCCACACUAUGAGCCAGGACCUGAGGCAGACUAAUGAGAAGCUGGCUCUGGAAGAGGUGCGUGUCGAGAACCUGACUAAAGAGAGAGACAUGUUAAGACGGGCAGAGUCUCGUUUAAGUCAAGAAAGGGAGGCCGUGCUGAUUGAGCAACAUAACCAGAGCCUGCUGCUAACUAACCUCAAGACCAUACAGUUGACUAUGGAGCGUACAGAAACUGAGACUCGUCAGCGACUUAACAGCAAAGUAGAACAACUGGAGACAGAACUGACAUCGAUGAAGACCAGACUGGAACGGGAAACUGCUCAGAGACAUGCCCUUGGACGCACUAUGGAUGCACAGUUGUUAGAAGCAAAGAAGCAGCUGGAGACCCAGAACACCCUGCUGCAGAAGACCAGGGAGCUGCUGCGCAGCUCUGAACAGCAGGUGGCUGCGCUGAAAACUCAGCCCACGUCUGCUUCCUCUUCUGAGGCUGCUGCUGCCUCCACGACCACCCCAGCCACCAGAGCUGCUGCCCUCCGAGCACCACUGAGGGUACGCUCUCCAGUUCCAGCAGCACCUCAGCAACUCAGCCAGUCAGAGCAGGAGCUCUCGGAGAUGAAAGGUCUCCUACAAAGUGCUGAGGAACAAAACUCUGAACUCACGGAGCAGCUGAAGAAUGCCAAUGCCACCGUUGAACAGUAUCGAUCUGUGGUUCUGACUCUGGAAGACAGUCUUAAGAAAGAGAAAGAGUUACGUUCUCCUCUAGAGGUCAGACUGAAGGAGUCAGAGGAGGUGCAGAAGCAGCUGGAAAAAAGGAUUUUAGAGCUGGAGAAGAUGAAGCAGCAGGAACAAGAGGAGAGAAGGAAGGCUGUGGAUGCAGUGGAGAAACGAGUGUGUGAGCUGCAGCGGAGUCUGAAGGCCAGCCAGGCAGAGCAGCAAGAGGCACUGGAGAGGUGUACUGCUGCUGUCACACAGGAGCAACAGGCCAUACAGGACAGACACAUUCAGGCUAAGCUAGCUGGAGAGGCACAGUCUAAGUACGAGCGUGAGUUGAUGCUUCAUGCCGCUGAUGUGGAGGCUCUGCAGCAGCUGAAGAAAACAUCCCAGCAAGAAGCUGCACGCAAGACGGAGAUAGAGGAAGAACUGAAAAAGACUGCUGCUCUUCUGCAGGAGAAAACCACAAUCUGGAACACAAUGGAGAAACAGCUGAAGGAGGAAAAGUCUAGUCUGAGCCGUCGUUGUGAAGAGCUGGGGAAGCAGAAUGCUCUCCUGCACCAACAGAUGGAUGAAAUGGCCACCAAGAGUCGCCAGCUGCAUCAACACCCGCAGCAGAAUCUGGACCUGUCGUUCAGUGAGGAGGGAAAGACCACUGAACAGAUACUGGAAAUACUCAGGUUUGUACGACGAGAGAAGGAGAUUGCCGAAGCUCAUUAUGAGGCGUCUGAAGGAGAGACUCAACGCUACAAACAGCGAGUCGAACACCAAAACAGAGAGCUGAAGGAGCUCCAAGAAGCACUGAAUGCUGAGAGGGAAAAGAUGCAAGUGACAACAAAGACUUUGGCUGAGCAGCAAGAACAGCUGAAGAGGUUGGAGACAAUCACUUCUCUGCAAGAAACCAAUAAGAUGCUGAAAGUGGACAGGGAUAAACUGGGACAGGAGCUUCAGCAGGCUCAGGCUAAAGUGAAGAAGCUCCAAUCAGAUAUCAACCCACUGCACAACUCUCUGUCUGUACUGUCAGAGAAGAAUGGCUCCCUGCAGGCUGAUAAGAGGCUGCUGGAAGAAGACCUCAAACGACUUAAGGCCAGAGUACAACAACUUGUUAGCCAGCAGAAAGAUGGGGAUCUUGAGGAAAAGCAGAAACUCACAGCUGAAAGAGAGACUCAGCUAAAGCGCAUAGCACAGCUAGCUGAAGAAACGGGCAAGCUGAAGACUGAGCUGGCCAGAUCCAACGCCAGCAGUAAUUCAGCUCAGUCCCAAAUGCAAGGCCUAAGAGAGUCUGUGACUCGCUUAACGUCAGAAAGAGACACCCUUAAAAAAGACGUGGAGGUGAAAAAUAAUGACAUUCUGGAGAAGAACAAGACCAUCACUCAGGUGAAAAAGAUUGGACGCCGCUACAAGACUCAGUAUGAGGAGCUGAAAGCCCAGCACGACAAGCUGGUCAGUGAAACGGCUUCUAAAGCAGGAAGUGAGGCAGUGCCGAACCAGGAAGCACAGCAGGAGCUGAACAAAGUCCAAGAGGAACUUGAAAAGACUCGAGAGGAGCUGAACACCUUGAAAGAAGAAGCACAAAAAAAACAGGAAGAGGUUCAGAAGUCCCUGCAGGAGUUGGAAGCAGCCCAGAAGGAAAACCAGCAGACCAAAGAAAAGCUCCAAGAGGUCCAAAACCAGCUGACACAGAACCAGAACCAGCUGACUCAGGUCCAGUCUCAGUUGUCUCAGACUCAGACUCAACUGCAGCAGAAUCAGAACCAACUGACCCAGAGCCAGAAGGACCUUCAGCAAGCCAAGGGUCACACCCAGCAGGCACAGAACCAGUUAAAAUCAGUUCAGUCUCUAGCUCAGAACCGUCAGAACCAGAUUCAGCAGGUCCAGAGGGAACUUCAGCAGGCUAAAGAAGCCCUUCAACAGAACCUCGCUAAACAGAAAGAGCUUCAACAAACCAACCAGGCCAGCCAGCAGAGCCUCAGCCAGGAAAUAAACAAUUUAAAAACGUCUCUAAGCCAAGCUGAAAACAAAGUGACUGAGCUUCAAGGCAAAGUGGACAGUCUGCAGAAGACGGUUGUUGAGCGUGAAGCAGACAUUAAACGUCUCCAGGAGCAGCUAGCUGAAGCAAAACAGGCUUAUGAAGCAAACCAAGCAACACAGGCCAGCCAGAGUUCCCAGUCUGCCCAGGCCACUGAUGCUAAAGCUGCCACUGAUGCUAAUCAGGUGCUACAAGAUGAACUGACAAAACUCAAACAGGAGCUGUCUGAAAGCAAAAGCAGAGAGGAGCAGCUCAAACAGCAGAUGACUGAGAAAGAGGAGAAGACGAAGAAGGCCUUCUUAGGAGCCAAACUUAAAAUCAACCAAGUAAACAGUGCUAAAGAGCAACUCAAUAAGGAGAAUGAAGAACUGAAACAGAGUAAGGAGGAGAUGGAGGUGAGAAUGAACGCUCUCAAGUCUCAGUUUGAAGGAAAAUGUUUACGACUGGAAAGAGAGCUGAAAGAACUGAGAGAGACACAGGCCCACACUGAACAAAGAGAAGACUCUCCAGACCAGAGCGGAGCAAAGGUGGGUGAUCAGACCAGAUCUUCAGACCAGAGACAAAUUUCUUUGAAGAGUCCUGCCCAAGAAAGGGGAAGCUCCAGCGUUUCUGAGCCUCCCACUGCAAACAUUCGACCCACUCAAAGUACUCCGUCUCCUGGUAACAAGCCAAGCCCCUCCACAGGAAGCAAGGCCACUCCUCGUGCCAGCAUCAGACCUAUGGUUACCCCAGCAACUGUCCCCAUAGCAACCCCCACAGCAACAGUGAUGCCGACUACACAGACUGAGAGUCAAGAAGCUCUGGUGAGUACAGGACCAUCUGUACACUCCACCAGCUCCACUCUCGUAAACGCUCCCGCCUCCAUAACUCAGCCAACCAGCACUCAGACCACAGCUUUUGUCCAACCUACUCAGCAGCAGGCAGCCAGUCAGGAUGCAGGGUCCAGUAUGGAGGCAGAGCGGCCCACCACAUCCUCCUCCAUAACUGGAGCAGGUUCAAAGCGAAAGGUUGAUGAGGAAGAAGAGGAAAGUAGACCAGAGAGUUCCCACGCACCAACCACUAAAAAACUACGACUAAAGCCAACAAUAGCCCUGCAGAUGGAGGUUGAAGAGGAGGUAGAUGGAGAGCUGAGGGAUGUGAGAGAGCAGCUGGAUUCACCUGAUGGCAGCCAGGAGCUCCCAGAGGAGGGUUUUCCAGUUUUAGCUGAAGACCUGGAGGAAGAGGGCAUUUCCCAGUCUGUCCCCUCAGAUCAGGGCUCCCAGGUCUCUGCAAUAAUUCGAGAUGUUAUUGUGAUCGACACGGACAGCGAGAGCCCAGAGGACCAGAAGCAGGAAGGAGAAGAAGAAGAAGUGCAACAGGAGGAGGAAGUAGAAGAAGAGUUCAAGGAAGGAGGUGAUGAAGAAGAAGAUGAGGAUGAUGCUGCUGACAGCGGGAUAAGGGGAGCUGAGGAGAGUAAUGAGGAGAGCAGAGAGGCUGAAGAAGAGCAAGAUGAAGGACCUUCUGAUGCCACAAACACUGAGGAGGUUGUGAGCGGAGCGUCUUCAGGCUCCCAGUGUUCCUCUGAGCCGACAUUCAGUGGAGAGGGCAGCAGUUCUCUCAUGGAGUCAGAAGCCCCCAGGGACUCUAUACACAUCCCCCCCACGUGCUCCUCGGCACACUCUCUGCCCUCAUCCUCCCUCACACCUCGUCUGCCGCACACACGCAGGCUGCCACAUGCUGUCCCGCCUCGGCUCUACAUCCAAGCUCCAGCUCCCGAACUGGGACCCCCCCACGCACAAAGACAGUCCUCUCAGCUGCGUAGACCAUCUUCAGGACGUGGACCUCAGCUAACCCCUGGAUUAGCCACAAUGCCUUUUUUUGACGACGAUGACAGAAUGGUUCCCAGUACUCCCACUCUGGUGGUCCCACAUCGCACUGAUGGCUUCGCUGAGGCGAUACAGUAA